CAGCUCCGCGCAGAAGACAGCGGCGCACGGCCCGGCGGCUCCGCCUCACUUUGUCCCCCCGGUGUGGAUGUAUCCUGAUCGGAUCGGGCCUGUAGACUGAGCGCUCGGUUGGGUGGAGCCGGAGGCCGGGAGCAGGACAGCGUGUGCCCGGGCUGGAGCUGCUGGUGCUGGCGGAGGAGCGUCGCCGUCGGUCGGUCGGUUCCCGUGGAGAGCGGAGCGGAGCGGACCCGCAGGGACCCGCUUCUGCUCUCUUUGCGUUUCUCUGCGCGGCGGGACUCGUCCCACUCGUUUCACUCGGGAUUAAGUGAUUAACGCUCCGGUACCGGGAGUUGGAUGUGUGUUUUGCCCCGCAGGAGUCACCUGGAGUCCGGGCGCAGAGACGGGGCCAAUGGCGCAACGGUAUGAAGACCUGGCCCACUACGGGCUGGAGGGGAUGGGCGGAGUCUACGGAGACCCCCAUCACCACCACCACCACCCCCACCACCACCACGCUGCUGCCGCUCGCUCCCUGCAGGCCGUGCACCUCGCCACAGCCGCCGCCGCCGCCGGCCCAUACCCGCCGCACCAGUACGCCCAGUCCAGCAGCAGCGUGGGCGCCACGGCCGGGGACGCUGUCAAGAGGGACAAAGACGCCAUUUACGGACAUCCUUUAUUCCCUCUGCUCGCACUGAUCUUUGAAAAAUGUGAAUUGGCGACUUGCACGCCGAGAGAGAGCGGCGAGGCGGGAGGAGACGUCUGCUCCUCAGACUCCUUCAACGAGGACAUCGCUGUCUUCUCCAAACAGAUCCGAUCAGAGAGGCCUUUGUUUUCAUCCAACCCAGAGCUAGAUAAUCUGAUGGUCCAGUCGAUACAAGUGCUGCGCUUCCACCUGCUGGAGCUGGAGAAGGUUCAUGAGCUCUGUGAUAACUUCUGCCAUCGAUACAUCAGCUGUCUGAAAGGGAAAAUGCCGAUCGACCUGGUGAUCGACGACAGAGACGGAAACAAAUCUGACAGUGAGGACUUCCUCCGGUCAUCAGGGAACAACGUGGAUCAGCUCUCAUGGAGCAGAGAUCACGACGACGCGGCGUCGAUCCGGUCGGCUGGGACGCCGGGACCGUCCAGCGGUGGACACACGUCUCACAGCGGAGACAACAGCAGCGAACAAGGUGACUGCCUGGACAACGGCGUGGCUUCUCCCAGCGAGGGAGACGACGACGACCCCGACAGAGACAAACUGCACAACAAGAAGAGAGGAAUCUUCCCCAAAGUGGCCACCAACAUCCUGAGAGCCUGGCUCUUCCAGCACCUGACGCAUCCAUACCCGUCUGAGGAGCAGAAGAAGCAGCUGGCCCAGGACACCGGCCUCACCAUCCUGCAGGUCAACAACUGGUUCAUCAACGCGAGGCGGCGGAUCGUCCAGCCGAUGAUCGAUCAGUCCAACAGAGCAGUGAGCCACGCAGGACCGUACGGCCCCGAGGGUCAGCCAAUGGGAGGCUUCGUCAUGGACGGACAGACACACAUGGGAAUCAGACCAGCUGGUCCAAUGGCUGGUGUGGGGAUGGGUGUGGAAGGACAGUGGCACUACAUGUAGCAGCAGCAUCCUGCAGCCGGAGGACUCACUCGUUGUCCCGGAGACGACCGACUCCAUCAGCAGGUCUGUGGAGCAGGAUCCCCACGCCUCCUCCCCCUGUCCUCCCCUCAGCCCCGCCCCUCUGCAGAGACACGACCACAGAGAGACGGCGGGGACAGACGGGGGACCUCCUGAUGGAGUAAUAACCAGCUGCGUGGACACAAACAUCAACGUGGUGUCUCUGGAUCUGAUCAUUUCCUGUGACAUCAGCAGCAGCAGAUCUAACCUUCUGGACCAACUACAGAAGCCUCACGUGGACACUUGUCUCCUCCUCUCCUGGACUCCUAUCGACAUGAAGCUGAUGUCUGUAUUUCUCGCGGCGUUAUUUUCUAAACGCGUCUGCAAAACAUUUCUUCUGGAGCUGUGAGGAGCUGUGAGGGCCGAGGUCAGGAGACGGAGCUGCUCGCUGAGGACGAGAGACACGCUGCGACCUUUUAGCUUCAUUUACUGUUUUUAAAGGAAAGGACUUCUCACUUUUCACACUGUGUGUGUUUGUCUUUUUUCAUAGACUUCUAUCUUCCCUCGAGCCCAAAAACCCUUUGAGUUCUAAAAUAAAAAAAGUCAAGAAAGUUUGUUCCUCCGUUUGUGAAACUGUUUAAUUAUUGAGUCUUUGUGCAGCUGCAGGAGGAAACUCACUGAGGAAGCUUCAGGUUUGUCUGUCACAUUUCAGGGACAUCUUUUAAACUUUUUGUUCGACUACAUUAAUGUGACAGCCCAAAAUGACAUAAUAAAUUACCAAAAAAACAAAAUGAUGCCCCCAAAAUGUAAAAUGAAUUUUUAAAAUAGCAAUAACAGACGCAAAAUGACAAAAAAAUGUAGAAAAAUACAAAAAAAAAACCCACACAAAAUUACAAAAAAGACACAAAACGACCAAAACAAUUAUAUUUAAAAAUAUCAAAAAAUUUAAAUUACAUAAAACAUUAACUGAGGAAGCUUCAGAUUUUUCUGUCACAUUUCAGAGACAUUUUCUACAAACAACACAACUUUAGAGCUUUAAAUUACCUGCAAUGCAGACGCCAAAAUCUAAUUUUUGUGUGCAUAUGAUUGGCCAAUCUGUCCCCGUGUUUGUGUUUGUUGUCAGGGUGGGAGGGAGGAGAGCAGGACGGAAAUCAGGACUCUCACCAAGAGACAGUAAAAAAGACGCAAAAAGACCAAAAAAGAUAAAAAAAAUUUUUUUUAAAAGACACAUUUUGACCAAAUAAAAAUGUAAAAUGACAAAAAUAUUUUUAAAAAUGACAAAAAAGCCACAAAAAUACAAAAAAGCCACAAAAGUCACAAAAUGACCCCAAAAACAUGUAAAAUUACCAAAAAAUACAUAAAAUUACAAAAAAGAUGAGAAAUAACCCAGAAAAUACCUAAAAUGGUCCAAAAAAUAUGUAAAAUGAAGAAUAAUAGACAUUAAAGAAUACAUAAAAUUAGCAAAAAUUACACAAAAUAAAAAAAUAAAAAUAAAUAAACUUCCAGUUACUUCCAGUCGCCUCGUCGUCCUAACUACUUCACUUCCAGCAUUUACAUAAUUUAUUUCCUCUUCAAACUGUUUUAGAGCCGAACCAGGAACUGUUUGGCCCUUACCUUAGAGAAGUGCUGACGGAGCACAAACUCAACCAAACCAAAGCAGUGAACCUUACCAUGUCCUGCAGCCGGCAGGGAGCUGUGGUAGGAACAUCCUGUGGAUCAUAAGCAGCAGAACUGGAUUUUGGUGUCUGCAUUGCACGUAAUCGUGUAAAGUUGUUAUUGUAUGGUUGGUUACAUGUCCAGAGCAGCAGAAGCAGCAAAACUGCAUUAAAUAAUAAUGCAUUAAAUAUCUGCUGUACAGUAUACAGGUAGAUAUGUCGAGGAACAGUGAUUUUUCACACAUGCAAACAUGCAGAGCAACAGUUAGAUAUAACUAAAAUACAACAAUCAUAAUAAUUAUCUUAUUAAAAUAUUUAAAUAUGUAGCACAGAGUUAAAAGACACAACUAUACAAGAUCCAAACUGAUUAUUCCUUUCUUCUCUUCUUUCUCUUCUUUUCUCUUUUUGUCCAUCCUUCAUUCUUUUCUAAUUCCUUUUUUGCCUUUUUACAUUUUCACCCUUUCUUUGAUCUGAAAACUUAAAAACACACAGCUGGAGCUCUGACAGCAGAGAUGGAUCCUGCUUGGAUUGUUUGUUUCCUUAUAACUUUCAUAUCGUCAAACUGAUCUGAUUUUAUUUGGUUGUUUUUAAAGUUUUUAUUUUUUCUGUGCUGCACUUUCUCAACCAACUCGUCAAUACAAGUUUUACACUUGUUUUUUAUCUUCCAGAUGAGUAUUUUUCACUGUUUUGUUGCUGCUUUGACAUAAAGAAUUAACUCCACAUAAACUGUUAAAUAAUGUAAUAUCUUUGUGCAGCCAAUUGUUAGUCACCAUUUGAUUUAUUUUCCGUUUCUCAAAGCCAACAUGAAAAAAGUCACAUCAGAUCAUCACACUGGAGUAGCUGCUGGGUAUUUUUGGUGAAAAAGGCCAAAAAGCCUUCAGCAGAACUGAAAUUACAACUUUAAUUUGUACAUUUUUUGAGAGUAACUUUGGUUUGAGGAGGAAAACAGUCGAGCUGUGCCAACAGGAGCUGGCUCGCUCUGCAACUCUGCAACUAUGUAGCUCUAUAGUUCCGCAGCUCUGUAGCUCUAUAGCUC